CACCAGAUCAACUUGAUCUUAAUGAUCCUGAAACGCUUAAAUUCUACGACCAGGUUAUUAUUUUUCGUGAUGAUAAAUCCCGCGAGGAGUUGGUAUUUCCCAAAACGCUUACAGCUGCCCACCGCCGGACACUGCAUCUGAUUGCCCAGAAGCUUGGUUUGUAUCAUUAUAGCGAAGGUGAUAAUGACGAUAGAGUUCUGAAGAUCGUGCGUAAACCAGCAUCAGCCGCUAUCAACAUAAAGCAAUCAUCGAAAAAUGGUUCUUUCGGAAGGCGUUCGGCACAACAGUUAUUGGCCAGUGCGGGUUUGGCUGAAAGUCCCUCAAAUAAAUCUAUGAGAGGUGAUGCUUCCCCACUAUCACGAUCACCUUUCAGAAAAUCUUGGAUUAAUGAAGGAACACCUCUUGCAUCUCCCAUCCGACAACCGAGAGGACCUGAUCCAGCUCAGAAUUUUGCUUUCCGCCCUUCUCGGCUGCAUGCAUCCGCUAUUCCAUUCGAGGUAACAGAUGAUGAUACAAAUUCGAAUUAUUCUGAGGAGAGGAAGUCUGGACUUUUUGAUGUGCAUGCUACUACCUUUCAACCGGUUACUUC